AGUCGUCGGCAGACUGUAACUCAGCUUGUUAUCUCUGAACUUUGACAUGCAGAGAGGAGCAGACAGCUGCAGAACAAAGACAGAGCAAAGAACAACAAAAGAAUAGAGAAUAUCUUGCAUUAGUGACUGCGACAUUUUUCAGAAGACAACCCUAGGUAACUUUUUUCCCUGCUUGAAUAUCUGAUGGCUGCGAUGGUUGGUGGUGCGUGCUUUGCUGUGACUCUCCUCAUGUGUGUUCUCGGAGGCCAAGCAGUGGAUCUGCUGAGAGUGACUGCAACAUCAGGGAACCCUCCCUCCACUCCCAAGGUGCAUUGCUGGUGUGCCAGUUAUCCAAAUGUGACUUUCUGCUCCUGGCCUGAACCCUCUCUUUCCCCUCCAAUGCACUACAUCGCCACCUACAGUGAGAGGCACAGGCAGGCGGUCACCAAAGAGUGCCAUGUCUUUGCACCUGGCUCUUCGCUCUCUUCUCUGACAGCGGCCUCAUCUCAACGGUUCUGGCACUGCUACCUGCCAAACCUGAAGCUUCUCACUGACUACAUCAUCAACGUCACAGCAGUUUAUUCAGGCGCCAGCAGCUCCCAUUUGGCCAGUUUCAUGUUGGAGGACAUAGUGAAACCCGAUCCUCCUGUAGAUGUGCGGGUUUCCCCUCACAAUAACAGAAACCUGCUGGUGCAGUGGUCACCUCCCCCCACUUGGGCUAACAUGGAUAUCUUCCCCCUAAAAUACCACCUGAAGUACCAGUGGGGAAACAGCGGCACGCCAGGCUUUGUCAAUGUGGGUCCACUUGAGAGCACCAAGGUUGAAGUGAAGGGGCUGAUACCAGGAAGGCUUUACCUGGUCCAGGUGUGUGCCAAAGAGCUGCUGGAUCUGGGGGAGUGCAGUGACUGGAGCUCACCUGUAAACAUCACCAUACCAAGAGGGAGGCUGUAGAGACUCCAUCUUCCUUCCUGUUUUGUUUACAACUCUUUUUUAAGCUAACAGUUAAGAAAACUGAAGAUCAGGAUGAAUCAUUGCUGUUUGAACUACAUGAGCAAGACAAGCUAUAGCUAUUUAUUUUCUGAUUUAUUUAUGAAAAGGACAUAUUUUGAUAUUGAAAUAUUUAUUA